ACCGCGCUUGAUAUCUGAAUGACAUAAAACCAAUAUAACCUCAAAUAGUCCGGUAGUAGGUUAUGUGAAAUAUCAACAUUUAUAUGCAUUAAAUAAUAAAUCCAAUAACAAUGGCAUCUUUAGCAUCAAAAUUUAGAUUUCUGUUGAAACCUAAAGUUAUACCAACAAUUGAAGCUAUAUCAUGUAGAUACUCUUCAUUUAGAUCAUCACCAUUUAUUCAUGAUGUUGAUGAUUCCAAAGUGAAAUAUGAGACUUCAAAAGAUCCAGUUGAAUGGAGUUUUGUAGAGAGAAUUUUACCUCCAAAAGUAGUACCAAAUAUAAUAAAGAAAGAUGAGUAUUUAUCUGAAUGGAGACCACAGUCAGAGGAGGUCGUAAAUCAACCAUAUUUUAUUCAAAGGAAUAAAAAUCAUAUGAUGCCUGUAUACAUGAAAACCAGUUACAGAGGAAUGCGUAGACUAACAUAUCUGAAGAAAGUGCAAGGGGAUAUUUGGAUGCUGGAAAAGGAUCUCAAAGAAUUCCUACAAAAAGAACAACUGAAACCUAUUCAAGCUCAAGUAAAUGAAUUUGUUGGAUACAUUUGUUUCCAUGGUGAUUAUGUAAAUGCAAUUAAAUAUUGGUUGGGCCAGAAAGGUUUCUAGGAUGUAUAAGUUAUUAAUGUGUUAAUAAAAGUUUAGAAA